AUGAACAAGUGUCGCUGGUGUGAUAUUUGUUCAAAGGAGAAACCUGGGAAUGCCUUACCGGAUGAUUUUGAGGUUAGGAUGAGGUAUAGUAGAUGAACAGGCAGGGAGCAUCACUCCAGGAAUAAUUCAUUCUGACACAAUUAUUGAUACAGGUAGGGGAGAGCGGGGUAAGUUGAGCCAAACGGCAGGUUGAGCCACCCCCUGUUGCUUGGAAAUGGUAAAAGAAAUUGAUCAUGUGACCAAAUAUUUAGAAGAUGGGCAUCAAUUCAUGGAGUCUAUGAGGGUUUGAAGCACAUGGGUGAAGGAUUUAUUUCCAAAAAAAACCAUUUUCCACUCUUGAAAGUGAGUUUAGUCUGUCAUUAGUUUUAUUAGAAUUGUGUUCAGACCAAAAAAAGAUCAUGUUAAAUUUGUUUUAUACAUCACUUGUGGUAUCUAUGAGCUACAACAUCAGGUCAAAAAUCUAACAUAGAAGUCCACCAUUUUAGCUUCCAGGACUAAUGAAGUCAUCAUAGUAGUUCAGGGGUAAGUUGAGCCAGUGGUUCUACUGAGAAAGUAAAGAAGCCUGAUGAGAGGAUCAGAGUUUCAGUUCAGAUUGUUGAAAUGUGUUACUGUUUCUUUUCAAGAAUACAGCUGUGAAUGUUCGGAAUCACUUAAAGGCAGAGAUGGGAAUUGUGGAGUCACCAAGUCAUCUCCAUGCCAUGUAUUUGUUCUGCUCUGUCACUGAACCAGCUGCUUCCAAUGAGCAGCCAGGAAGGUGAGCUCAUUAGUGAAAGCACCUGGUUCAGUAACUGAGCAGAACAAAUACAUGGCAUGGAGAUGACUUGGUGACUCCACUAUUCCCAUCUCUGCUUAAAGACAUUCUCAUGUUAAAAUGGCUUUCACAAAACAGCUUUUUAGCAGAUAUAUGCAGUAAUGAUAUAAUAGAUAAAAAUACACAUGAAUGUGAAGAAGUGACUGUUAUUUAGGGAAAGAGAAGAUGAGGGAGGGCUGGGGUGGUGGUAGGGAUAUGGCUCAACUUACCUCGCUCCUAUGGUCAACUUAACCCAUACAUAGGGUAAGUUGACCGUAGGAGACCACUUUUUUUGGCAUUCUAUAUUAUUAAGAAAGUUAUGUUUACACUCAUCCUGUUGAUUUGCAGGGAUGCACAACAUCUUCAAAUAUAUGCAGAUACACUAGUUUGAGACAAUGCUAUGAUUGCCUUGAUGUAGUGAUCCAAAAUAUGAAAAAUGGCUCAUCUUACCCCACUCUCCCCUAUUGAAAAGUUGAGAUUAGUCUUCCUGUUGAUGGUGCAUUGUUAGUUAUGUUGAUGUGUAUUAAUCUCUCAAUGACAUAAAUGUUCUUAAAUUAUUUAAAUAUAGCAACUUUUGCCUGAGGGCUACUGCCAUUUAUUGUGUAUGCACACACCAAUGGAGGAGAGCGGGUUCACAGCCUAUGUGAAGCUCCAACUCAUUACCAGAGAGGAGGCAGAGACGUGGUUAGAAGACUUCCAACAAUCCUCUAAGGUGACCUUAAGAGUGGCUAAAACCUAUCCCAUCACAGAGGAUGCUGUUCGGCGUAACAGCUAUCGAGUAAGAUUUGCAAAAUUCAUGCUUCUUUUCUUAAAAAUGUUUGAAUCGUCAGAGCUUUACUUAAACAUUUCUAUGUUCAAAGGUUGACUUGAGAUGCAGACACAGUAGAGGGCAGACUGCUCACUCACAAAGAAACACGCACUGUCCAGCAGGGGUCUACCUUGUACUGAAAAAACAAACACACAGUCAGAAAAGGAAGUCCAGGUUGGUUAUUCCAUGUAACGGAAAAAUAUUUCAUUGAUAAAAGUCAUGUCAAAUACUCAUGUUUUUCUUUUCAUAAUUUAUAGAUCUAGUGAUGCCCAUAUUCAGGAGGGGUUACUGUUGCAUGUGACCAUCAAGCAUCACCAUAACCACCCCCUUGGGUGUUUUGAGGUCUUACAGCAGCGGGAUGUGGGUGCAGGGUUCAGCAGACAGGUAAGUGAGUUUGAACCCGUACACACCGCAAACCUCAGAAGGCACAGACUACUGAGUACACCUGCUGUUCUCAGCUGAAUGUAAACAGAGCUGUGUUUCAGAAUAUUUGUGUGUCUGCAGCAGUUAUAAACACACACACACACAGACUGUUUUGUCGUUGAUAAAUUAUCUGAUCCCUCUGCUCUCUGACCUGAACUAACAGCGCUCCCUGCUGGUUGUCAAACUCAAGUUACUGACCAAUAACAGACGUAUGUGUUUUUAUGAGAUAAGACUUAUUUUCGACUGUAACUGUUGCAUUAUAUGUAGAAGAUAAUAUUGAAAGCUCCUGUGAGGAUUGUCCUCUCUGUGUUGAUUCUGGCACCCCCCUGUGUACAAAGCACUCUUCGUUUUACUUUGUGUGGUCCUUUUAAAAGUGGAAUUUAUCACUUAACAUGAGCUUCAAUCUGUUUUAGUAAAACAUUUUGAUUAAUCAGCACUCAAAAUAUUUUUAAAUGAGUUUGUUUCAGAUGAAGACUGAAAUAAAAACAUACCAGUAAAUAUGAACUAAAGCCAACAUUAUUCCUGAUUCAUCUUCACACCGAGCAUCAGAAUGGUGCAGCUCUAUGUUUCACCUCUGUAGAAACUGUCCUGAUAGUCCUCUUUCUGUUCUGAAUAUCUCUUUAAACUCGUAGAAUCAUGAUGUUCGCUGUGACUCUCUGAUAUCCAGCCUGGUUUCACCGUCUCUUCAGUUAAAAAUGCCAAAGAAGAGAAAAAUAAAGACGCAGAGCGGUGAAGAUGAGCAGCUCCCUCCUAAACAGAGCCGAGUGGAGCCCAGCAACCCUCCCUCCCCUCUCAACUUCCACAGUCCUGCAGACCUGUUCAGCAGCCUCCUACAGCCUCUGGACUCAGAGACCUUCUUCAGGGAGUUCUGGGAGAAGAAACCGCUCCACCUGCAGAGAAGUGACCCCCUCACAGCGUCGUACUACAAGUCUCUGUUCCAGCUGUCGGACCUACAGACUCUGUGCUCUCAGGGUCUGCAGUAUUACAGAGAUGUCAACGUGGUCCGCUGCAUCAAGGGCCAGAAAAAAGACCUGAACCAGGAGGGGCGAGUCAAACACACAGUGCUGAAUAAGAACCUGGACCAGGACAAGGCCACCAUCCAGUUCCAUCAGCCUCAGAGGUUCAAGGUGAGGGUCAUACUAAUACUGGUCUUUCUGUGAGCUGGGUGUUUAGAGUCCCAGGUACCCUCCAGGUUCUUUCAGUUCUUGAAAUGCCCCUAAAGAAGACAAGGAUGGAGAAACAAGGCCUCUGACCUCUGCACAGAUCAUCAAUAACAAAUCUAUUAUUGUUUGAAGACGCACAUUCAGGGAUUAUGCUUCGAUUCAUGUAUCUCAUAAGGUCUAGUGUGGAUAACAGGUCUUCUUUAAGUUGUGUUCAGGUGUUAAAUGUUGUCACUAGAGGUUACCACUCCUCGUUUGUCUCCUUUGUGUGUGUGUGUGUGUGUGUGUGUGUGUGUGUGUGUGUGUGUGUGUGUGUGUGUGUGUGUGUGUGUGUGUGUGUGUGUGUGUGUGUGUGUGUGUGUGUCAGGACGAGUUGUGGAAGAUCCAGGAGAAGUUGGAGUGUUUUUUUGGUGCAUUGGUUGGCUCUAACAUCUACAUCACCCCUGAGGACUCUCAGGGUCUCCCAGCUCACUACGACGAUGUUGAGGUACACACCUGAGCAACAGAGACUUGAAUCCACUGAGCCAAUCACACUCUUCCUUUAAUAUAUGCUUCAUCUCUUACCUGAGAGGUGAACUGUGAAAGGAUGUUGAUCAUGUAGUUUGAAAUUGAGGGGAAAUUCUUGGAAAGCAAUAACUAUUCAAAGAAUUUUCUCAACAUUUCGAUCAGCUCUUUGUGUCUGGAAGUUUUGUGAAUACAGACACAGAUGUUGUGUUUCCAUCCAGGUGUUUAUUCUUCAGCUCGAGGGACAGAAACGCUGGCGUCUCUAUAACCCCACUGUUCCCCUGGCAACAGAGUACUGCGUGGAACCAGAGGACAGGAUUGGCAGCCCCACACACGAGAUCACCCUGAAGGUAGGGAGACUCUGUAAAUUGACAUAAAGUGGAUAAAAAAAGUCUACACACUCCUGUUCAACUGCCAGGUUUUCAUGAUGUAAGAAAAUGACAGCAAGAUAAAUAUUUUCACAACUUUUUCCACCUUUAAUGUGACCUAUAACCUGUACAGUGCAAGUGAAAAAACAAACCGAAACCUUUAGGGGGAAAAAUAAAAAAUAGAAAAGUUAAAAUAACCUGGUUGCAUAAAUAUGCACACCCUCAAACUAAUACUUUGUUGCAGCACCUUUGGCUUUUAUCACAGCACUCAGUCUUUUUGGGUAGGAGUCUAUCAGUGGCACAUCUUGAUGUGGAAAUAUUUGCCCACUCUUCUCUGCAAAAGUGCUCCAAAUCUGACAGAUUGUGAGGUUAUCUCCUAUGCACAGCCCUCUUCAGAUCACCCCGCAAAUGUUCGAUGAGAUUCAGGUCUGGGCUCUGGCUGGGCCAUUCCAAAGUCUCAAUCCUAUUCCGGUGAAGUUAUUCUUUUGUUGAUUUAGAUGUGUUCUUUGGGUCAUUGUCGUGCUGAAAGAUGAAGUUCCUCUUCAUCGUCAGCUUUCUAGCAGAAGGCCGAAGGUUUUGUGCCAACACUGACUGGAGAAAGACUUAAAAGUUAUCAGUAAAACUUCCUGUUUCUGUGUGUGUAACAGUGUGUUUAACUUUAGUGUAUCAGGAGCUUCAGACCAGGUUAAUGUUAGUGAAAACACACACUCACAGCUGUGAUAUCUGAUAAAGAGUGUAACAUCAGUGUGUGUGUGUGUGUGUUUGUCUUCAGGAAGGAGAUCUCCUGUACUUCCCCAGAGGAACCAUCCACCAGGCCAGCACUCCACCAGGAGUCCACCACUCCACCCACCUGACCCUCAGCACCUACCAGAGAAUGUACCUGAUACCUCAUCUACCAAACACUCACCCUAAAAUAAACCAUGAAGCUUUCAAAUCAGUUUUAAUGUCACAGGUGAAAAGUCCAGGAGUGAGGUCUGAUGUGUGUUUGAAGGAGGGUUUAACUGUUCAGUGUUGAUGAGCUGCAGACAUGUAGAGAUUCCUGACUGACCCUGGUGCAGUCACAUGGAUCUAAAUCUGUGGAGCAGAGCAGGUGCUGAUGAUGCUCCUGAUAGAUGUCAGAAUAAAAACAGGACUUUAAAAUAAAACAUGAAAACAUCUGAUUCUACAAAACAAAAUGACUCACCUGCAGUAACCUGAGCUCUGAUUGGUCAGUUUCUGACUGCUAUAUCCUUCCUCUCACACCUGUCCUGUACCUCUGUCUCUCAGGUCAUGGGGAGAUCUGCUGUCAAACGUAAUUCCCAGCAUGCUUUGUGAUCGCAGCAAGACUGAUGUCAGUCUGAGAGAAGGAAUGCCCCGCCAACUCCUACUGGUAAAAAGUACUUCUCAGUUAUACUGUUUAAUCCAUCAUUUGGUGAGACGUAAACCACACUGGACCUCUGGAGGUGUGCUGUGGUAUCUCUGUUCUAUGAGGAGGUCUGUUUAUUUAAAUGUAUUGGUCUUUGUUUUUCAUAUAUUUUAAAUACUGCGAGAAGUGAAUACUCACCCUGGGCCAGAAGACCCACCCACAUUUUAACAUGGUUCUCUAUGGGGGUUGACUCACUUGAGGAGACAGCUGUUCGAGGAAACUCUAUGAACUGCAGACUUUGGUGCUUCUGCUUCAUUUUUUUGUUGUGUGUGUGCGUGUUCAGGGCAGUAGUGGGAGUGAGGACACUUGCAAGCGUCUGGCAGCUCACCUCAGGGCUCUAGCCGAUGUGAUGGACACAGGUAAACAGGAAGUGAAGUGCGCUCACCUGAAGAGAGACUUCAUCAUGAACAGACUGCCUCCAUACAGCCAGGAGCUCAUCCAGCCCAGUGAGAGUCAUUUUCAUCAUCUAUAAUCUGACAUCCUCACUGACUGUACCUCAUGGUGAGCUUGUUUGUGUGCUUUUGUCACAGUGGGGAGGAUCCCAGCUCUGGAGGACCUGGUGUGUUUGAGGUUUAAGGAUCACAUAGUGAUCACAGUGGAGCCCCCCCAGCAGAGAACAGUGAGUACAGUCAUUAUUGUAAUACACAUGAUUCAAACCAUAGAGCUACAUACGAACUGUCACAUGAGACUGAAACACACUGUGUUCCUGUACUGAUUAAUCAAACUAGAUAACAUACAUCUCAAGCAACACACUGUGUAUUUCUGCUUUUGAUUCCAACCAUGAAGAACUGGUGGAGCCUUGGCUUGUGCAUAAGCAAAAACAAAAGUUGGUCAACACAAUGCUUGAUGGCCUGGCCCUAAGUUUCUUAUUCACAAGGUUAAAAAAUUGAAAUUAAUUAUAUGUUAUAUGCAUGUGUCUGUGUUUCAGGAUGUGGACACAGAGCAGGUUGUUUUUGUCUUACAUUCGCUGAAGAAUCAGAGAGAAAAUCACAUGACCGGAGAAUAUGAGGAGCAGGAAAUCUCCAGGGUGAGACACUCACACACCUCUCUGACUGGACCUGUUGCUCCCAAUGUCUCACCCCUACUGUCCUUCAGCCGGUUAACUCGAAAGAUCAGUAUAAAUCACAAGAGAUCAGGUGGACAGGGGAAGCGGUGGACUAUGACAAACUGAUGUAGAGGUGUUAUUGCAUAUUUUAAACUUUUUAAAAAUAGAAAUAUAUAGAACAAAACAGAAAAGUCAGGGAGGAAAGCUUUACGUGUGGUCCAGUUAGGAUGAUAAAGGAUAUUUAAGAUAAAUACCUUUUUCUGUGUGUGUGUCUCUGCAGGGUCUCCAGUUCCCUCUGUCCCACCUCAGGGCCCUGCAGCAGCUACAGCAGGAGGAGCAGGUCUCGGUGGCCCAGCUCCAGCUGUCCUCUCAGGAGGAUAAACUCAAUCUGGUUCUAGCUCUGUGGUCUGAAAGCCUACUGGAAGCACUAUAA